AUGUCGAGCUUGGCCAGGGCGACCACGCCCGUGAAGCAAGUUACGGCGGCCACAGCUACCGACAGCCCAGGCACGUGGAGGCACCCUCGACUUGACGAAAUCACCAGACGUCGCGAUGCUACCAACUUCUCCGAGAAGAACGUGCGGCGGAUUGCCUACAACAUUGUCGCCUUGCUGGCUAUGUGGUCUCUUCAGCUGCUAGCCAAGUUCAAGUUGCCCAAGCCACUCCGACUAUACCUCGGAUGGGCAUGGUUUCUCGCCCAGCUCCUCCCCUUCAUCCAGAUUGGCAUGGCAUGUCUGCCGCUCAUUCGGCCGAAAGACGAGCUUUCCGAUAUCCCAUUGACGGCUACCCAGCGAAAGUUGCUGGGACUCGAUCCGUCGGUGGUCGCACCUAUGCCCGAGGCAAAGUUCAGCACACCUCCGCGAUAUUCACGAACACCAUCCAUUGCGGGCUCAGUGGGAAGUAGAGCUAGCUAUCCUGGCUCGCCUCUGGAUGGUCGAGGAGGCGACAUCACCAAACCUCUUCCCCCGAGCUUUGCUGGCGCACUCUCCCAAUUCUCCCCCAUUGGGAGCCCUCUCUCCCAGAGCGUCAACGGCAUGAACAAUAGAAGGACAUCCUUUGGAUCGCCGGGCUCCUUUGGCGCGAGCACCUCGUCCAACAUCUUCUCUGACCCUACCUCACCAAGCCCAGCGGGAGGCAAGAGGACGAGCAUUGGACUUAAUAAUAAAUGGUUAUACGAGAAGGGAAGAAGGCCGUCGGGUAGCACUUGGGCUCACUGA